CGUACGCUACACAAAAUAUUUAAUGCCGGCUGUAAUUGCAUUUGUGUGUAUACUUGUGGUAAUAAUCACUGCGCGCACUGUUUAGUUUGGUGUCCCACCAAUCCCUCGGUCUUCCUAUUCCUGUCGGGAGGAUGCCGGCCACUGUCAUAUCUUUCAUCCUGCUACCUUUGGCGGUACUCCCAUUCAACACAGCCCAGUCCAACGCGGGCAACCCUGUAAAUGCCGGGGCCUUCGACCCCAAGAACGAAACAACAUGGCCCUUCUGCGCAUCCUGCUACAACGAGCACGAUACCGACUUCGCGUCCCAUACCAACGAGAACUGCCUGUACGUGACGCUGGAUGGAUCGACGGUUGGGAAGUGUCGCAGCAAAUACUGUGAAGCCAAUCUCCGGCGUUGGGCAAAGCGCUGGCGAGAUGUCCCGGUUGUCGUCAAUCACCUCGUCAACGCGAUAAACCGAGGAUGUGCCGAUAAAACGGCCUUUAACGAAGAACAGCUGGACUUGCUGUGGACGCUGCGGCCUACGCCCUCCUCGUCGUGGGUCUGUGUGCAGAUGCAGGACCAUGCGGCGCCCAACGUCAACAAUUACUACAACGUCCAGUGCGUCUGCCGGGGCAAGAUGUGCAACGCCGAGAUGACGCAGUGGCAACUGCUGGCGCUGCCACGAGUAUCGCGCGAAACCUUAGCCCGCGCCACCACCACCACCACCACUACCGUCGCUACCACCACGACCCGUCGGCCGGUGACCACCUCCACGAGGUCGCCCUGGUACACCACCGAGGACGAUUCCGAUCCGAAUGUUUGGAUGUUUUAGAAGGAGGAUGUCGACGAGCUGUCGAAGCGAUGUUAACACGAUCUGUCUGCAUUAUGUGUAUUUUGCAUAAUUAUGCGGAGUUGCUGCAUACAUCGCUUAAUUUUUUAGUAAAUUAAAUCAACCGUCUCGUGCGUGAUUAGGUAUAAUUAUAAAUUACGUAUGAUAAUAUGACUUUUUAUCACGAAGAAUUCAUCGAAAUACAAAGUCAAGUGAAACG